GCACUUCUCUUAUGAUAAAAUGAAAUCAUCAUCAUCGACAUCGUGCUGCAAAACUUAUUAAUUUUUAUAAUUCAAAGUGGAGUCUAAGGUUUGUUGAUCUGAGACUCACCGUCACAGUAUUAGAUUGAUCAGAUAUUCCUGGUUGUAAGGAGUAAGCACGGUAGCUAUCAGUAGCUUUUCCGAAUCGUAUACUGUCGGUAUACAUUCACUGUAUCGUAUUGUUUGGUCGGUUUUUGUUUCCCUUUUGCUUUGCUGGCAAAUCCCGAGUUCCACAGUAAACCCACCUGCGUUUACAGCUAGAUCAGUAUUUUUUUGCUUUGGGACGUUCCUUCAGAUUCUGAUAACCCGAUCCUACUUGUGAGUUGUGGUUUAUUACAAACACACACACAUAUCAAAAAUGUCGACGGCAGCCAUGGAGAAGCAUCUGUUCAACUUGAAGUUCGCAGCCAAAGAAAUGGACCGUUCUGCGAAGAAGUGUGAUAAGGAAGAGCGUGUCGAGAAGGAGAAACUGAAGAAAGCCAUUCAGAAGAACAACUUGGAAGUAGCGCGUAUCCAUGCAGAAAACGCCAUUCGUCAGAAGAAUCAGUCUUUGAAUUUCCUGAGAAUGAGUGCGCGAAUAGACGCUGUUUCCUCGCGUGUCCAGUCAGCUGUGGCUACGAAAAAAGUCACUCAGAGCAUGGCAGGUGUCGUUAAAGCCAUGGACGCGGCUAUGCGCUCGAUGAACCUGGAGCAGAUAUCGGCGCUGAUGGAUAAAUUCGAGCAGCAGUUCGAGGAUCUAGAUGUGCAGUCGCAGGUGAUGGAGGGCACGAUGAGCAACGCCAGCACUCUCACGGUGCCCACCGGCGAUGUCGACCAGCUGAUGCUGAAGGUGGCAGACGAGGCCGGGCUGGAGCUGAACAUGGAGCUGCCCCAGGCGGGCUCCGUGGGUGUCGGGACGGCGGUGGGCGCCUCCACCCAGGCGUCCAAGGAGCAGGACGAAUUAACUGAACGUCUGGCCAGACUGCGUGAACAGUAAUCGCGCACACUUGUGGUGGUUAGUCAGAUGUUGUUCUUUUCCAUUUUACUAGCAUGAAUUAGCGCGUCGUUUCCGCGGGGUGUAGUGCAAGGCAUGGCUGGAGGGAGCCACCGACAUUGAGCUUAAGCGUGCAACCUAGAAUUCCAUUUUUUGGCCGUAAUUGAUUUGAGUGGCUGGUGUGCAUGAUUUUAUGGAGAUUUGUUUAUCGUUUUUCAUCGUUGAUGCUGCUUUUUCUUUAAUUUUUUGUUAAAAUAAUUGUACAUUUUUGCGGCUAUUUAAAUUAAUAAAGUUUUAUCAAACAAAAAAA